GGGAAGUCCGAAUCUUUCAAUAUCUUUCUAACUUUACCUAAGUGGCUCGGUUAGGGUGGGUACGGCUAAUAAUGCUACCACAACAACAGAGUUGUCUCAAAAGCACAGCACCAACCCUCCAGUUAACAUUUCCCUUCAAUAACCAAUGUGUAAACACGUGUUUGUCAAUAUUAUAAUAUGAUAGAAACGGAUUUAGCUAAGAUACUUUAUUCAUUGAUUUAAUAAUAUAUUUUAUUUACUGCAUCUCUCGUUCCGCUGGCUAGUCAUGGCGGUAAUGUGUCUCUAAGAUGGUUUGCCAGCCGCCAACGAGCACUAAAGAAGAAGAAGAAGAAACCGACGCUAUGCAUUGUGGGAUAUAGUAUAAGUAAGAUCUAUGGUAAGAUGGAGGCGGCAACUAAGAGCAUGUCGAAGACACUAUAACACAUUAUUAAGUGUUAUACGUCCGUAUAUGGCUACAAUGUAUGUGUUGUUGUAACAAUUACUAAAGAUAUAAGUGGCUACAAGAUCGCAGCUGGACCCGGAAGCUGGAAACAUGUCUGUUCUGGGAACUUUACUGAAAGCUGGAGCGUCCUUCUGUCAGUCUGCUGGGACUCUGCUAAACACAGCCAGGACCUUUUCAACUGGGACAUGCUGUCGGAUAAGGAUGCAUGCCAUCCCUCAGCUGAAGACGGUGGACAGGUGGACUGAGAAGAGGAGCAUGUUUGGAGUUUAUGAUAACAUAGGCAUCUUAGGGAACUUUAUCGCUCAUCCCAAAGACCUCAUUGUGGCUCCCUGCUGGGUGAAGGCUUUCACGGGCAACGAACUGCAGCGUCUAAUUAGGAAGAAGAAGAUGGUGGGAGACAGAAUGAUGACUCUGGACAGACACAACUUGGAGAAGAGGAUCCGCUUCCUCUACAGACGCUUCAACCGCACUGGCAAACGGCGUUAACGUUGAACAAACCAUACUGGCAAAUACAUCUGAACAGCCAAUGAGGACUGGAGCUUUGUGAAGCUGUGAUUUCAUGCUGUCAAAGUGCUGUCAGGAAUAUUUCUUUUAAGUUAUCAAAUUCAUAUAAAGAGAGAGAGAUGUUUCAGAGCAGCAUUCUUCCUGUUCUUUGCUUUAUUGAUUCAACAAUGGAUUUUCCUGACAAACACAUUCAUAGUAAUGGAUACAUCUGAGUGGUUAUAAGAUAAUUAAAAAUGAGAAAGAGAAAAACACAUGCAUCUGCUACAAAUCGAUCUUAUUAUUUGAGAAGUAUUUCUAAACUUAGCUUUUUAUUGUGAAAGACUGAAUAAUUAAAGCUCGUCUGGCCACCACAUAGGCAUAUGCAACCUGUGAAAAAAAUGCUUUGAUUUUAAGGAUCAGAAGUUAAAAAGUUUGUGAAACACCGGUCUAAAUGUCAUUGUACACUCUAGCAUUAAGAUUUUCAUUAAAUUAGACUAAUGGGUCUUGCCUAAAACAUGAAAAACAGCCACACACCCAAAGUACACAAACGUAUGUAGAAAAGUGUCAAUAUACUUCUGGCCGAAAAGUGUAUCUGAUGUCUUUCUUUCUCUGAAGAUGGUCGUAUUUUUUGGUAUGUUUUGUUUCUCACGGCUGACUUCGCUCCUCUCGCCUUUCAAAUAUGAGAGUUGAGACUGAAAAUGAACAAAGAGGAAGAUGUAGCUCAACUGGGACUUUACUAGGAAUUAAACAAGAGUAAUUGCAAAAGCAAAUGUUAUGCAGAAGGAGGGGAGGGAUUGGGAGAAACGGUUGAGUUGAACACUGCACCAAGAUUCCCGAGGUCCUGACGGUCAGCUAGAGGUCUUCACUGAAGGAACUGACAGAAAUAUUUAAAAUUGAUUUUUUUACCUUAUUUGGACGACAUGAAAGGGUUUUUUUCAGACCUAAAAGAACCUUGCCUAAAAACGUAGUCUAAAAAUGGCAAUAUGUUUUAAAUCAGGAACUAUCCGAUCAAAGUACUAAACAAGACCCUACAUUCAAUACUCACCCAAGCCACAGAAAAAUAUCAGCCAGUACCCUUAAAGUAGGGAGGUUUGACACCCAGCACAAGUUUCUGUGAAUUCAUGUAAUCGGGACAUACAGUGAACCGAAAUAUUUCAUUCCUUCAAAAACACAAUAAUUUACAUUUCCUCAACAAUUUCACAUUGUAGGAUAUGUAGUGAAUGAUUUAUAUUCUGCAUUUGCAACCUUUCAGAAAUAUCAAAUCUAGAGUCCCUAUACAUCGUCCCUUCCUCAUAUAGUAAAUCUGGGUCACACAACAGCCUGUGGCUCAGGUGUUUCAUCACUGACUGCAGUACAUCUGGGAUUCUGUCCACCGUCAAGUAGUGCUGAAACGAUUUAUCAACAGAAAAUUGUAAACAAUUUUUUUUUAUAGCAGAUUAGUAGUUUAAGUCAUAAAUUGGGGGAAAGCACCCCCAAAACUUUAGUCCCAGCUUCUCAAAAAUCAGGAUUUGCUGCUUUUCCUGAUGCAGUUAAUUGAAUAUCUUUGGGGUUUGGACUCAUAACAAAACAAGCAAUUUGACGACAUCGUCUUAGGCUCUGAAUUUUUAUCAAUAUUCUGACAUUGUAUUGACAAAAAUUAGCCAACGAUGAAAAUGUACUUAAUAAUUUGCUUUGAGUUAUUAAUUUAUUCUCUUAAUUAGUUUGUUAAAAGAAUCAUCAAAUUCAUCGAUGAUGAAAACACCUCUUUGUUUCUGCCUUAUGUAUGAAGAAAUAACCAAAGCAACCAAGUAAAAACUGUGCACAAAAUGUAUAAUUAUGAAACUUCUGUGAAAUGAGCCCAUCAGAGAUGUUUUAAUGUCCGGUGGCCAUUAUUUAUUUAUUAUUGAUUGAAUAAAUUAUCUCAAUCUCACAUUUAUCACCUUUUAAAUUACAAUUUUAAA